AUGGCGGUUUGUCAACAGGAUGCUGAAACCUCCGAUCCUGAGCGGACGGCUUUGUCACAGACUCCAAAAUGGUUCUUUCACACAUAUAGCAGUAGGUCUUGGGCGUAUCGGCUAUCGGUUUUAGCCCGUGGUGCCGUGGUGAAAGCAGUGCCGUGGUGCCGUGGUUAUAGUGAUUGGUUCUAUGUGAUGAGGUUCGCGGCCUGCUGGGCUGCCGAGCUGGUGACGGUGGCUUUGCUGGGCCUCGAGGUGUCUGACUCGCCACCGAAAGGCUGCACCGGGGGCCAGGUGCCCCGAACUGAGCCCUUGUGGGCAUUUUGCUUAGCCUUGAGGCCGUUUCUGCCAGCCUUUCAGCAGUCGAUCGCAGAACAGGCGAAAUCCGGCCGCGAAAGCUUUUGGGCACACUACGAUGCACAGGCGAAAGAUGCGGUCCAGCUGACCCGCCAGGUGGGCCCCCCCACCAUGCGCUGGCUCCGGCGAUGCUGGCAGCGUGUCUUGAAAGCGGACUGGCAAAGCACUCGCCAGUGGCUCAGCGAAGGCUGCCGGUGCCUCAUGCGCCUGGCGCGGCUCUUGUCCUCCCUGAGACCCGGUGCCCGAAAGGCUUUGCAAAGCCAGCUGGAACACCUGGGCCGUGAGUGUGAGGAGGUGAAGGAGAUCUUUAAGGCUGGGAAGCUGGAGGAAGCCGAGGACCGGUACCAGCAGUUGCUGAGCCGUGUUCAGGCCUUGACCUCCGAGGCGCCCUUCCAAGAUGUCCGGAAAGAGGAGGUGCGAAUCUGGACGAACUUGGCCCUUUGCCAGAAGAAGCAGGGCCGCGUCGGAGAUGCAGCCUCCUCCGCCUCAAGAGCUCUGGAGCUGGAGCCUUACAACGUGAAGGCUCGCUUCCUGAGGGGCUCCUGCCAGCCAGACGCCCGUGAGGCGAUCGAGGAUUUGGCCAAGGCUUUCACCUUGGAGCCGACUCUAAUGGAGGCGAAGCGCGAAUGGUUGCUUCGGCGCAAGGGCGAGGACACCUGGACCAAGGCUGAAGUCUUGGCGAUCAUGGCAGAUGUGACUCGUGUACAGCAGUGUGUCCAGGAGGCCGUGAGCCUCCUCGGUCAGACGCACCUCCAAAGCAGGGAGAAGGAACCGCUGAGCUUGAUGGAAGCGCAUGAGCUCGUGCGCACGCAGGGCCUUCCCAAGGAUCCCUUGAAGGACUAUGGGCUUUCCACUGAGACCUUCCAUGAGCUCCUAGGCACCUACCAGGAUGAACCAGAGGUGAUUUUGAGAGCUCAGCAGAUGAUGCAUCCACCAGGACGGGGCGACCGUCAACGAGCACGACAAAUGACAAUCGAGCAGAUUGUGCAAACACAUGAGGCCAUGGGGGCUGUGCUUCGUCGGAUGUUGGAGGAGCUUCGUGCCUUGGAUCCAGCACAGCUGAUGCGCCUGGAGCUACAGCUUCUGGAAGCGACGGCCGAGCUCCUGAGCUACCUCGAAGUGUCGGCCUUGCAGAUCCAUCCCGAGGAUGUCGAAGAGGCGAUCUCCAUGAAUGAGUACCAGCUCCAGAACAACCCGGACUUCAUGAAAAGCAGCGAAGAUCUGGCGAAUCUCAUGCAAGAGCUUCUGGAAGUGACUGAACAGCUUCGGGAGCUGAUUGCCAAGGCUGUGGCCUUCCUGAGUGGCGCCACAGGCAGAUCCACGCAGGAGAAGGAGCAGUUUCUGGUGGACAAGGGCCUCUCCCAGGAGCAGAUCCAAGAGGCGUAUCGACGCAUCGAGGAGUCCAAAGGCCGCCCCGGAUCUUCCUCGCAGGCCCUGCCCGGCGCAGGCGCGGCCAUGCCGGGUGCUCCGGCCAUGCCGCAGCCGCCGCAGACGCCGCAGCCACCGGUGCGACCGAUGCCGCCGUCGCGGCCCAGCCCUGUCACCCCCUCCUAUCCCAGCGGCCCUGGGUAUCAGGCGCCGCCUUAUCCCAGCAACCCCUACCAGCAAGCUCCUGCUCCAUACGGCCCUGUUCCACCCGUCCCGCCAAUGAUGUACCAGGGCUAUCCAUUGCCCUUGGAACCUCCAUCCACCGGUGGGCCCUGGUGGGCUUGGUUGUUAGGAGGCCUUGGGGCAGGCCUGGUGAGCACCUACUUGGCCAACCCUUUCCGACUGAGGCCCGAGGAUGGCUUAGAGGCUGCGGAGUUCUUCACUGACACGCCUGAGAAGCCCAAACAGGAGUCAGAUCUGCCCAAGCAGUCGGAUACGGGCGGCGAGCCGGACAACAAGGCCUCCUAUGAAGAGUUGCUAUCACUGCUUCGGCAGCAAAGUGAAGAAGCAAAGGCCAACGUGUCGAUGUGCGCGAAGACGCUGCAGCAGACGCAGGCUGCUCAUCCGAAAGGAGUUUGGAUCACCGGACGUUGGGGAUCUGGUCCUACCGACAGCUUGUGCACGGAAUUCUUUUUAGCUGCGCAGCUCAAGCCAAUUGCCAGAAGCCGCAGAAAUUCGGCCGGAUCGAGCCGGAUGGCGGAUCCAAUGGCGCGAGUGCUGCAAAACCUGGUUGAGGUCAUGUGUCAGAAGGAUGGCAAGACCGAAGAGGAAGUCUUAGCAGAUCUGGCGACGCCUCAGGGGAUGGAGAUGUUUGUGAAGAUGAUGAAGAUUGGCGCUUCAGGAGCUGCUGGCAGUUUGGAGAAGACCCAGACGCUGGCCCGCGGCUGUGGCCGUGCGAUCAUGUAUGUGGAUUACAUCCUGAAGUAUUGCCCCUGGCUGCAGCCGGAGGACAAACAAAGCCCCAAAGGUCCAGCUGACAGCAAGCACGGCUGCAUGUUUAAAGACUGCAAAGGUGAAGAUCAACACCUUUACUUCGGCUUAGAUUUGGCUUCAGCCAAUGGCUUUUACCCAAGUCGAUUUACUAUGUUCAUGCCCAAGGUCCGUUGGUAUGCCUCAGAGCAUAUGGCUGACCCUGCUGACUACUUGGGGACGAAGAUGAUGGAGGACUGCAUCGAGUAUAUGACCACGGCGCCCAAAGAGGCGGAGGAACCAAAGCUGAAGAGACCCAAGACCGAGGCCAAGGGAAGUUCAGACCUGUUGGAGAUGGAGGGCGAUCCACCUGAGGAUGAGGAGGACAAAACCAGCGAAGAUGAGAUGGAGGCCUGGCUUUGUUCCUUGGACACGGAAGACUCCCGGCAAUCGGCCAAGCUCUUGCGGGGCCGCACCAGCUGCGUGGACGUCACGGAGGAGAUGUGGCCCAGCGUGGAGCAUUUGCAAGGCUUUUGCUCCGUAGUGCUUUGCACCUCUUUGCUCACGCAGGUGGGAUACCGAGAGCCCUUGAUUUGGACGGACGUCUUGCAGGGUGCUGCACAGCUCUUGGAAGAGGGCGGCAUUUUGUUGAUGUACGACACCGAGAAGUGGGGGGACUUUGCCAAUGUUGAGAAGAUGACACAGCAGAUCAAGAAGGCGCAGCUGGACUUGGAGCUCCUCGAGCGCCAGGAGCCCGUGGACUUCUCCGACGACCCCGAUGGGCGCAUGUUCACCGUCGCCUUCCGCAAGACUGGGAGCUCCGCGCGGAAGUCCUGCGAGUGGCUGGUGGAAAAAGCGGAGCAACUGAAACAAGCAGGCAACAGCUACUACUCCAACCUCGCAAAGUGCCGCGACGCCCGCGAGAAGCUGAGCUCGAGUCCACGAGUGGCUGCCCUUUGGAAGUCUGUGGCUUGUUAUGUGCAAGGCCUCGACUGUUUGUCACUGGCACGGAGCCAAAGCGUGGAAGAGCGUUCUUCACAGAUGAACCAUAUCUCCUCCAGGCUCUACUCGAACCUGGCUGCGGCCUACCUGGAACUGGGCGAGACUGCUGACACCUACGAGCAUGCCUUGCGUGUGAUUGACCUUGCCCUGGUCUGUGAUCCUGACUGGGACCGGGCCAAGGAAAGGAAGGAGAAGAUCCAGAAGGCCUUGUCCAUGCGACCCCACGACGCUGGAGCUUAG